AUGUCUCACAAAAUCGGACAUCAGCUGAAUGUCUUUCGACAAGCAGCCAGUCCGCUUUUUUACCAUGACGUUCGAUUAAGCGUCAGUUUCGGUCUUUCAACCCAUUUUAGACGGAGUUUCAUAACACAAACCCCCUAUCAAUCCGGAUCUUUCCCUGACUCCCACUCCAGAAAUAACUUCAAGAUCAGUGGAAAAGUCGCUUCUGGUAGUCUCUUGCUGCUCGGGCUGUCUACAAGUUCGGUUGUCGAGAACGGAGCAACAACCCGUACUGUUAUUGCCGGCGGCGGAAAGGCGACAUCAUGUACGCCCAAUCUAUAUCAGUGCUCACAGCGAGGUUUAUUAUCCAAAUCGUCACGACAAAUCUGGAAGCACGCAUUGCAUACUAAACGAGACGAACCUACCGAGAAGCCUAGCAGCGAACGCAAGAGUGAAAACGUUACGCAACAACCCAAAGGAGACAAUGGAGAGUAUUCAUUGCUUCAUCGAAAUCUCCGUGAACGUCUGCCCAACCUUCACCAGUUUCAUAGACCAACAAAAGAAGAAUUGUUAGCUGCAGCUACCGGGUUCUGGUCAAGGCUACGAGUCAGGUUCAAGUGGUUCUCCAUAAGAAGCGUUCGUCCAUUCACUCUCGACGAGAUAGGCGCGCUUUUCUCGUGGGUGCUACUGGGCCACGUCCUUUGGAUUAUUUUGGGAACAACAACUUUCUUUUCUCUUCUCAUCCUUACUAUAAAUACUGUGUUCGCACAAGAAACCCUCGCUCGUUGGGUUGGGAAUUACCUCACUUCGUCCUCUGGAGUGCAAGUCGUCUUCGAAUCAGCCAUCGUACCAAAAUGGAGAGAUGGUGUCAUUACUUUCAAGAAUGUGUUUGUGUCCCGCAGGCCUGGUCAUGGCAACGGACAUGUAAGCAAGGGAUCCUCGAAGACUGCAGCGGCAGCCGCCGCCGCCGCCGCUUCAGCGACAAGCGACUCGAAAGAGACCGAUUCGAACCAUGCGGCUGUGGAAGAGGACUCCAACUAUACACAAUUUGACGUUUCUAUUGACACGGUCAACGUGACGCUUUCCUUUACUAAGUGGUUCAACGGCAAAGGACUCUUACGGGAUGUGGAAGUCAAAGGAAUCAGGGGGGUGAUUGAUCGUACUCAUGUUCACUGGACAGACUACAAUGCCGAUCCAAAGUCUUAUCGUCGUGAGCAUAACCCAGGAGAUUUUGAGAUCGAUUCUUUCAAGAUGGAAGACCUGCUUGUGACGGUCUAUCAACCCAACAAUUUUAGACCGUUUGCGGUGAGCAUAUUUUCGUGCGAUCUUCCUCAGCUUAGGAAGCAAUGGCUCUUCUAUGAUUUCUUGUCUGCAAAUAUGAUGUCCGGCUCUUUUGACAAUUCGCUUUUUACCAUCCACCCUCGUCAGACGAACAAUUUCACAGGUGCUCAGUUGACUUCUAGCGGCGAGGAAACUGUGAAAGGAACCCCCUGGAAAAAACAAAGUAGAAUUAGAAUAGAUGGGCUCAAUAUCGACCAUCUCAAUCGUGGUGUUGAGGGUCCUUUCUCUUGGAUACACGAAGGUAAUGUCGAUAUUGUUGCGGAUAUCAUGCUGCCUGCGGACGACAGUGAGUCUCUGGCCAAAUUUGUCUCGGACUUUUACGACCGGUUCGAAGCGACAGUGACAUCACACAGCCAUACUGGGGAGACAAAUGAAUGUCCGCAAGAUGCCAACACACCAAGUCUUAUUCCAGUCGACGAUGAAAACGAUAAACGAUUCUUCGUCACUGAUCUGCGCCUUCAUCUGACUAACGUGCGCGCCGUGGUUCCAUUAUUCACAAAGGAUCUCUCAUAUAUCAAUAGUGCUUUGAUUCGGCCAAUUGUGGCAUACAUCAACUCUCGACAUACAUUCAUCCCUAUACACUGUCGACUGGUCAAGAGAUUGAGUGACUUUGACGGAAGCUGGACUGUGUUUGAUAGUGGUCUUAUGGAUGACCUCUCUGCUGCGACAUACGAUGCGUUCGCGGCGGAUGUAGUGGACGAACAAGCACGCAUGCGACGGUUCAAGAAAGUCGGCUUCUGGUCUCUCCAACUCGCCGCGCAGGCCAUCUUCCUCGGCAUGGCCGGAAACAUUGUUUAA